AUGGGUUUAUUGGUUGAUGUUGUGCUACAAGGAAAAGGAAAUACAAACGAUGGUAACACGGCAAGAAGAUUUUUUAAAAACCCAGAAAAGAACGCAGAAAUAACUGGAAUUGAUUUUACAUUACUCAAACGUUUUGAAAACAUAUUAUCUAUAAUUGCUAGUGGACGUGAAAUUAAUCCAAUUACAUUUGAUGAAUAUGCAUUGGCCACGGCUACAUUGUUUGUACAUCUUUAUCCUUGGUACUAUAUGCCAGCAAGUGUACACAAAAUAUUUAUUCAUGGAGCUGUUUUUAUAAAAUUCGCUAUUUUGCCUAUUGGACAACUUUCUGAAGAAGCCCAAGAAGCUAAAAAUAAAGAUUACAAACGAAUAAGGCAAAAUCAUACAAGAAAAAAUAGUAGAUUAAAUACCAAUAAAGAUUUAAUACACAUGCUACUCGUCUCAUCAGAUCCAUACAUAUCGUCCAUUAGAGAACUGCCGAAUAAAUACCGACUUAAAUUCAGUGAUGAUUUACAACACUUAUUUAUGUUUCCUGAGAACUCAGAUAAAAGUACAAAUGCACUAAAUUCGUCGUUUUCAGAAAUGGAAAUAAACGAAAAUGAAUAA